AUGUCCCGCCCCUCCUCGCCUCCGUCCUCGACACCACCACCACCACCAUCACCACCAUUGAACCCGCCUAGUGCCGCCUAUGGUGGAUCGGGGCGUGACCCGUACCUGGCCCAAUCGCGGGGCCUGCCCUUGACCGAGCGGGAUCGCCAAGAGGGCUACGACGUCGGACUGCUCAACGCCCGCCCGCGCGGGUCCAACAGCCAUGCCCCUAGUUCGGUUGACGGCUCGUCGCCACGACUAGCAGCCGGUGCGGUAGGCGGUGCAGGUGCAGGUGCUGCAACGGACCGCACGCUUGGCCCCGGCCUCAGUCCCAGCCCGUCGUUGAGGGAGCUCACGUCGGAGAAACCUUACCUCGCGCCACAUACAACCAAGGGCGCCGGUGAAUAUGGCUAUGGUGCUGCAGUGGGUGCUGGGACUGACGAAGCUGCCGCUGCAAGUGCAGGUGCAGGUGCAGGUGCAGGUGUGGCCGGUUCGAAGGCCAGUGGUGCUGCAGCAGGAACUGGCGGCCCAGGUACGAUGGCGAUGGGCACCAAGGCGGAGCAAGGAGGGUCCGGAUCGUCACUCCUUGAUGGCAGCUCCGGACGGAAGCGAUCGUAUGGCCGACCUUGGUACAUGCGCCCUCUUGCACUGGUUCUGCUCAUCGCGACCGUCAUCGCCAUCGCUCUGGCCAUCGGACUAGGUGUCGGAUUGUCGCGGCGCCACAUCAAUGACACCGACAGCUCGCAGUACGAAGCCACGGGCGCAAAUUAUACCUCUACGCGAUUCAAGACAACGUCCAAGAGUAGAACAACGGGUACCGUCAUCCCCAGCGGCAGCUAUACGUCUUCGUCCCCGAGAGAGACGACGAUCACGGAUACCUUGCGCUCGUCAUUGAUGUAUACUCCAAGUGAGCUCGUCGAUACAGUUACAAACAAGCCGAUACCCGCUGGACAAGCAACCGUGACAGCAGGAACAACACUUGGCACAAUCUCACCUUUGGGCGGGGAGAGGCGGAGAAGAGGUACUUACGCCGCGCCGACUCGACUGCCGACGAUUCGGAGAGGCAGAAGUUGA